AUGGCCAAUGUGACGGUCAGCGGUCCAGGUGUGAAGAAGGGGCACCGCUACACGGAUGUGCAGGGGUUGCCAUGCAUAGCGAAGCUGGUGCGCUCCGUGGACGAGACACCGGAGCCGAUCGGCACCGCCAUCCGCGGGCAAAUCCCGUCCUGGAUCCACGGCAGCUUCCUCCGAAACGGGCCCGGCAAGUUCGAGUUCGGCAACAAGAGCUUUAACCACUGGUUCGACGGCAUGGCGCUGAUGCACCAGUUCAGGAUCGAGGCGGGUCAGGUGACCUACAGAAGCCGUUUCCUGCACAGUAGCUCCUACAGGGCCAACAGUGAGCACGACCGCAUCGUGGUGUCCGAGUUUGGCACCGUCUCCGUGCCAGACCCCUGCAAGAACUUCUUCGAGCGCUUCCUGUCACGCUUCGAUAAAAUGCAGCCGACAGACAAUGCCAGCGUCAGUUUUGUCAAGUACAAGGGAGACUACUAUGUCAGCACAGAGACCAACUUCAUGCACAGGGUUGAUCCUGAGACCCUAGAGACGAAGGAGAAGGUGGACUGGGGCAAGUUUAUCGCUGUGAAUGGAGCUACAGCGCACCCACACACCGAACCUGACGGCACCACGUACAACAUGGGAAACUCCUACACCGGCAAAGGUGCGUUUUACAACAUCAUCUGCGUGCCGGCAGAGAAGGAGAGGCCAGUGGACACGCUGGAGGGGGCGAAGGUGGUCUGCAGAAUCCCCUCAGUGGACAAGGGCAAGCCCUCCUACUACCACAGCUUCGCAAUGACUGAGAAUUAUGUGGUGUUCAUUGAGCAACCAAUUAAAAUGGACCUCUUGAAGAUCCUAUCAGGCAAAAUUUGGGGAAAGGGGAUCAGCAAGGCAGUCUACUGGGACCCCAAACAGGAAACAAUUUUCCAUGUGAUCAACAAGCACACUGGCAAGCUGAACCCGGUGAAGUACCACGCGAAGCCACUGUCCACCUUCCACCAGAUCAACGCCUUUGAGGAGGACGGCUUCCUGGUGAUGGACAUGUGCUGCUCGGACGAUGGGAAGGCCAUCAACAACUACAUGAUCCAGAACCUGCGCAAGGCUGGAGAGGACCUGGAUGAGGUCUACAACACCAUGUGCAGAGUCUUCCCCCGACGAUUCGUACUGCCUCUCACCGUGGAUAAUGACACUCCCCUCGGCCAAAACCUCAACACCCGCAUCAACAGCCCGGCCACCGCCAUCAGGAUCGCCAAAGACAAGGUGUACUGUACCCACGAAGAUCUCCAUGGAGAUGACCUCCAUGACUACGGUGGCCUGGAGUUUCCACAAAUCAACUAUGCCAAAUACAACACCCGGCCAUACCGCUACUUCUACGGCUGCGGUUUCAGACAUCUGGUGGGCGACUCCCUCCUGAAGAUGGACCUCCAGGAGAAAAAGAUGAAGGUGUGGCAGCACCAGGACCUCUACCCCUCAGAGCCUGUCUUUGUCCCAUCACCUGAUGCCACGGAGGAGGACGAUGGAGUUAUUCUGUCUGUAGUCAUCACUCCCAUCGCGGAAAACAGCACCUUCCUAUUAGUUCUGGAUGCAAAAACCUUUGAGGAGCUGGGGCGAGCCGAGGUGCCUGUCAACAUCCCCUACGGUUUCCAUGGGGCGUUCAAUGCCAGCAUGUAG